AUGUCCAUCAAGUACGCUAAAGACCAGCCUGCAGGCUUCACCAACCGCAUCGAGCGUGUGGCUAUUGUCGGUGCCGGAGGACAAGUGGGCAAACACAUUGCCGAAGAGCUUCUCAAGACUGGCAAGCACACCGUCACUGCCAUCACCCGCAUCAACAGCGCCAGCGAGCUUCCCAAGGGAGUCAAGGUCGCUCAGGUAGACUACGAUGACGAGGACACCAUCGUCGACGCCCUCAAGGGACAGCAAUUCCUCUUCAUCUCCCUUGCCGUGACGGCUCCCAAGGAUGCCCAGGCCAAGCUCAUCGACGCCGCGGGCAAGGCUGGCGUGCCGUGGGUCAUGCCCAACUCGUAUGGCGCCGACUACGCCAACAAGGCGCUGCAGGCGGACAUCAUGACCCAGGCGGGCACCGAGGCUGGCGUCGCCGCGGCGGAGAAGGCCGGCUUGUCGUGGAUCUACAUGUCGUGCAGCUUCUGGUACGAGUACUCGCUUUCCAUGGGCAACGCGUGGUACGGCUUCGACAUCCCGGAGAGAAAGGUCACCUUCUACGACGACGGCAAGACGCGCAUCAACACGUCGACCUGGCGUCAAUGUGGCCGGGCUGCGGCACAGCUGCUCAGUCUCAAGGAGCUGCCCGAAGACGAGAAUGACCAGUCGGUUACCAUCUCUCACUGGCGCAACAAGGCUCUUUACAUCUCUAGCUUCCUCAUUUCACAGCGAGACAUGCUCGACAGCCUCAACAGGGUGCUGGGCACCACCGACGCCGACUGGCAGAUUGAGUACGAGCCAAGUGAUGUUCGGUACAAGCGAGGCCUGGAGCUGUUCAAGGGUGGCAACAUGCUGGGCUUUGGAAUGGCCAUGUACUCGCGGGCCUUUUAUCCCAACGGCGACGGCAACUAUGAGGCCAAGUAUGGCCUGGCUAACAAGGCGCUGGGACUGCCGGAGGAGGACCUUGAUGAAGCCACCAAGCUGGCGGUUGAGAUGGCCGAGGCGGGCUUUGCUGCUAAGCGGUUCCAGGAAAUCGCCAAGCGUCACUAA